ACUCGCUUUCCCAGGGAGCUCGUGGUUUCCCCUCCCCUACCUCGCGCCUUCCCCUGUCGUCUCACCCAGGUUUUUUCGGUGUUGUUGUGGGAGCUAAUGAUGGCGGCAGCGGGAUGCGGAUCAGCAACCGCGGCUACUGGGGGAAGUUCAUGCGGUACGGCCGCUGCUAGGGGUCGUUUCCCGGGUCGGCCUUGGUCGUCGCGUAGUCGAUUGCGUUCUGAGAAGCGUUCACAGCUCGGCCGGUUUGGGACUGAAGCCGGAGAGACAGACAUUGGAGGCCCAAGGCCCUCCAACCUAGGACUUGCGCUAAACGACGACCCGUCGCACUUACGUUUACUUGGGAUGGAGGUUAAAUACAAGAGCCUGGGAGAGGCCGGUUACAACUCAAGCGGCAGUGAAGAGGGAGAUGAUUUCCGAGGGUUUGACCCUGAAAAUGAAGGCUACAGGAGCCCUUUGCGCUCCGGACACAAUCCCUCAAAAAGCAAUCCUCCGAAACCUAAAUUGUCAAAACUGACACAAGAGAAGCACCCUCCUGCACCUGCCUUUUCGUCAACAAGAACUGCUUCACCAGUUCCUAAAAAGCCUUCUAAACCGCCCCCAGAACCUAGGCAGAAAUCUCAAACAAACAGUGGCAAAGGUUCAAAAAACCACCCUUCACAAACAGAAAAGAAAGUGCCACCUCAGUCAUCAACAAGGGGAAAACCCAAAAACUCCACAAAGCCCAGAAUUACUGUCAAAUUGGCGUCAAAAAAGACAGUCAAGAAAGAACCUGUGGUUCAUCCGAAGCCCGGAAAAAAGCUAAAGGUGGCAGGUUUUAAAUUCCUUUCGAAAGCCAGGAAAGUACAAGGUGCCCAGCUCUCCAGUGCCCAUGUGAAGUUAAAGAAAGGGAGCCUAGCUGGAGGUGCAGAACCUGCAAAAAGCAGAGGGGGAAAAAGAGGACAAGCCACCAUCACAAAGCAAGGCGGGAGGAAGGCAGCAGAGAAAAUAGAACCCAGCAUCUUUCGUCGGAGGGCCAAAGCUAAUACUGAUGACCAAAAGACAGAAGGGGAGCCCGCCAUGCCAAAGCUGGAUCUUCCGUUGGAAGCUGUAAGUGCAGAGUCAAAAACCGAUGGAAGGAAAUGCCGACGCAGGCGGAAAGCUUCGGAGACUAACCCUGAAGUCUUUAAACAAAGGAGGCGUAAAAAAGUAGGUCCACUGUGUGAAACUGGUGGGAGUCUCAUGACCGAAUCAGAAAGUCCAAGUUUGGAGGUCAGCACUGCAGAGAUCUCAACAGUGACAAGGGACAGUGCGGUACUUGGUGAGGAAAAGGAGAAAGUGUCAAGCAUAAAUGAGCACAAGGAAGACUAUCAGGUAACUGGCAUCCCUAUCCCUUUAGCAGUAGAGCCAGAAAAGUCAUCUGUUGAUGCUGCUGAGUGCCUACCUUUUGAAAGUGACGGGCAAGACAUGGGGAUCCCAGGACUGAAGCUGAAGAGGGUUAGGAAUCCCAAAGCUAUGCUGGCCAGUUCAGCCCGGUCACACUCUAGUGGACAUGGCUCCAAGGGCUCACGCAAGAAGCAGAGUAAAUUUGUGUGGACCCUGACGUUAGUAAAAGGUAAAAGCAAAACCAGUAAGCCACAGGAGUCUGAAGAUCUUGGCAAAACAGCAGAGGGUGUGGGAGACUCCACAAAAAUUAACCAAGCUUCUUCCGAUGACUCUUGGGUGAUUAAAAGUCCCGAGAAGGUGGACUGUGAGGAGAUUAAAGUUGAGGACGCACCAGAAGUAACAAAGCACAGACGAAAACGAGCAAAGUCAUGUAAGCGGAGAAAAGACAAGUUAUCUGUAAGUAUUGAGCUGGGAGAGGUGAAGCAAGCGUAUCCAGAUGAGGCCACACAAACGGAUGGAAAUAUAUUAAUCGAAGACACUGUACCGCCACUCCAGCUGAAGGUGGUUUCCUCACCCGGCAAAUUCAACAGUUUGCAGCCGUCGUUCUUGAUUCGUCGAGUUGGUCCUGAUUCUGCGGAGAAAGAAUUAAUAGCGGAAACUAUCAGUGAUAUUCCUGAGGAAAAACCGGCCGUAUUGGAAGCUACCAUCCAGCCAGCUCCUAAAGUAAGGGUGAGAGCUAACCUCACUAGCUCAAGAAAGAAGCGUGGCCAUAAGCCUUGGACAAGCCACAAACGUAAGACUAAGAAGAAUCUCCCUGUUGAAAUCACUCCACAUUUACCUGUUGCCGAAGCUGAGGCCCAGACUGAGGAAUUUUCGGCAACAGCUGUUAUGCCUAAGCCAAGACGACGAAAGAGUCAGGUGGGAGUUUCAAGGAGAAAAAGGUUGUCUCCUGUGAGGAAGAAGCAGUGGCCCUGUGAAACUGUGGCUGCUCUUGAGCCUGCCUCCUCUGAACCUUUGGCAGUGCCCGACACGCAGCCAGAGUCGAGAGAGGAGGUUGCUGCAGAUCCAAAAGGAGAUGGAGAGGUCUUGGUGUUGGAACCUCCUGUGACAGAAGAACGACCAUUGUGUUUUGUGAGGAAACCUCGUAGACAAGGCAAGAAGCGUCGAAGGGCAUUAAUUGGUCAAAGGUUGAAACGUAAAGGCCAGCCUCCUAGAUUGCCUCAGGAGAGGUUUGAUGUUGAGGAUUACCGUUCGUUUGCCACCUCGACCCCUUCAAGGCCUAAACUAGUUGGUGUUCUGAAGACAAAAUACCGUAGGAAACAAGUUCCUACCUCAAGCCUUCAGUUUCUUGGGGUGAAACGUGCAAGGGCCAGGCCAGCGAUUUUGAGUAAGGAAUUGGAAAUGGGGUUAGCCCAGCAGUUUUUUGACCAGGAUGAGAAGGAUGGAGCAGAGGGAGGUUUGCAGCCAGCCUCCAGACAGCUCCAGAGGGGGAAAUCCAAGUUCCUCAAGAACAUCCGCCAUUUUAUCAUGCCUGUGGUUAGUGCUCGAUCCUCACGGGUCAUCAAGACGCCAAAGAGGUUUAUGGAUGAUGCAGGUAUGUCUGUUCUCCCCAAAAGGAGUACCCCGAAGAAAGGCCACCACUUCGGCCUGCAUCCACGGCUGGGCAGGAAACGUGAGGAUGGUGUUGUCGAGGACCUGACCCCUGAAAUGCCUCAGGAAAAUGAAGACACUCUGACAGAGCCCUCAUUGGAUGCUGAUCUGUCAUUAAGCCAGGAGACCAGUGAUGAUUCCACACUUGCCGAUGAAGGUCCGACCAUCGACAAUCUUUCGGGAAAGCGAAAGUCCCUCUUAAGGGAGCCCAGUUUCAAAUGGCGUGUGAUCGGGGCUUCUGGUGGAGAAGUGUUCACUCUCGCUAAACCCAGAGAGAAAGUUAGAAAAUACAAGAAACGACUUUCCCCUAAAGGUUUCCUAACAUGCGGGGACCCAUCUUCCUCCAGUCCUGCCCUCCCUCGCAUGAAAAGGACUCCUAAGCUCUGUAAAGGGAAGACUCAAUCAAAGCUGUAUAAAAAACUGAAGCUGACCCCAGGCACUGGUAGAAAACGCCGGAAGAAGGAUGGGACCUGCUUUGCUUUUGGAAACCCCGCUGAUGUGGAAAAGAGAGGCCGAGCUGAUGACGACAAGGGCUCGUGUGGGAUGAAGUCUCUCUCCGACACGGAGAACGAAAAACCCAAGCUGAAGAUCGAGGAUCUCAAUUCUCCCGGAGUCGUCCGAAAAGUAGCGGUGUGUGUCCGCGCCAGUGAUUCCGAGGUCCUGGUGUCGCAGAGUGGACCUCACACGGAGGAAUGGGAAAAGGAAAAGAUGAACAUGAACGCUGAGUCUCCUAGGCCCAAACCCAACGAUGAGACCUUGAAAUCAGAGGCUGCAGAUCAGGAGCUGCAGCCUGAGUUGGACGGGAGUACGGAGAGCGACCGGGUGGUGUUGGAGGAGAAGGGCACCUCGAACCGCAUUCGUCUGACCAGUGCCAACAAGAGGAUGUUCCACCUGCUGAAGAGGGCGAGGGUCCAGCUCAUCAAGAUUGACCAGCAGAAGCAGCUGAAGUCUUCCCAGCUUCUGUGCGGGUCUAUGAGUGCGGGAGCUCGAGAUGCCAGUGUGACAGGUGUGAAGAGAAGAAUGAAAAGAAAGGAGCGCAUUGAAGCUGGCUCCGCUAACAAGAAUGGGGCCCCUCAGGACCUGCGCCGGGGCGGCCCGCGGAUCAAGCACGUGUGCCGGGCGGCGGCCGUGGUGCUGGGCCAGCCCCGCGCCACCGUCCCCGAAGACGGGCCGAGGCUGAGCGCCCUGCCGCUCCACGAGCGGUCCGGCGCCUCCCCCUCCCCCACCGCACAGGGCCGGACGUCCCCUUCAGGGCCCGGAAGCCCCGCCCAGCAGGAGCCGAAGGUUUCUAAGGGGCGGGGCCUAGUCGUGCGUCCGCGAAGCGAGUACGGGCCCUUCGGCAUGAGGUCACGGAGGUGUGGGACCUGCAAGGGGUGCCACCACGAGGAGGACUGCGGAAAGUGCAUCAACUGCCUGGACAAGCCCAAGUUCGGGGGACCCAACACAAAACGCCAGUGCUGUGUGUUUAAGAGGUGUGACCGGAUCGAGGAGAGAAAGGCUCAGCGCCUGGUGGGCAAGUUCCACAAAGUUCACACAAAGCGGAGGAGGUCAUCUGCGAGCGGCUGUCACUCCAGCAACGACGAGGGCGAGGCGGGGGAAGCGGGGGGCCGGUCGCCGGCCACGCCCACGGCCGACGGAGAGAGCCCGUCGCUACGGAAACAGCCGCGCCGCUGCGUGAAACCACGCUCCUACUGCGACCUCCUGGACUACGACUCGGACCUGGACAUGGUGGGCGGCUCCAGCUCCGCCUCCCCUGGCCGCCGCAGGGCGCCCGGGCCCCGCAGCCAAGACCUGGCGUCGCUGGACGGCUUCCCCGGCGGCGUUUCGGAGGACGGCGUGCGGCAUCGCCGGCCCGGCCAGCACCGAGUCCCGCCCUGCCGCCGCAAGGUGGAAAAGCGGUGCCGCCCCUCUCAGGCUCUGCAGGAGGACGCGGGCGGGGCCGACGCGGCGCGGGUGGAGAGGGAGAGCCGGCAGGCGGAGCUCCUGCUCCUCCGCAUGGUUCGCUCGGAGUCCGAGGACACGCUGUCCGAGCGGGAGGACGAGCCGCCGCCCACCGCCAGCCUGGCCCCGCCCAGCAGGCGCGGGCGCGAGGCGGCGUGGCGGCCGCGCCAGGAAGCGAGCGGGGGGUGGCGAGGCGGUGGGGACUGCGGCGGUUUUCGCCUGGCGACCCGCAUCGGGUGGAAGGAAACGCCGGAAGGAGGUCCGGACUCGGAGAGUCGGGCGCGACCCUGCCGAGCUCAGACCGCCUGCUCCCCCUCCAGGCCCCUGGAGCAACCGCCAGCGUGCCUGGCGCGCUACCAAUCGGUCCGCCCAGGGGAGAAGGAGCCGUCCGAGCCCUCACACAAGAUCCGGGUCGACUUCAAGGAGGACUGUAACAUCCAAAACGUGUGGCUGAUGGGGGGCCUGAGCGUGCUCACCUCUGUCCCGACCGUGCCGCAGUACGUCUGCCUGCUCUGCGCCAGCAAAGGUCACCAUGAGAUGCUGUACUGUCAGGUGUGCUGCGAGCCCUUUCACCGGUUUUGCCUGGAUCCUGCAGAGCGCCCCCUGGAGGAGAAUAAGGAGAACUGGUGCUGCCGUCGCUGCAAGUUCUGCCACGUCUGUGGGCGCAAGAACAAACCGUCUAAGCCCCUGCUGGAGUGUGAGAAAUGCCAGAACUGCUAUCAUCCCUCCUGCCUGGGCCCCAACUACCCCAAACCCAACAAGCGCAAGAAAUCCUGGGUGUGCAUGACCUGCAUCAGGUGUAAGAGCUGUGGCGUGACCCCGGGGAAGAGCUGGGACUCGGAGUGGAAUCACGAAAAGGGCCUUUGCCCCGACUGCGUCAAACUCUACGACCAGGGUAAUUACUGCCCCAUCUGCUACAAGUGCUACGAGGACAAUGACUACGACAGCCAGAUGAUGCAGUGCGCCACGUGUAACCACUGGGUCCACGCCAAGUGCGAGGGGCUCUCAGACGACCUGUACGAGAUCCUGUCCAGCCUGCCGGAGAGCGUGGUGUACUCCUGCGGGCCCUGCAGCCUGACCCAGCCCAGUGGCUGGAGGGAGCUGCUGGACCUGGAGCUCCGGUCCGGGGUGGAGAAGGUUCUGGCCUGCCUGCUCACCUCCACCCUCACCCAGCACCUGGUCAGCUGCCAGGAGUGCGCCCCUCUGAUGGACCCUGACCGCGGGACAGAGGGCCACCCGGCCUGCGACCUCCGAGCUGUCGGCAAGAAAUUCGACAAGGGCCUGUACGCCACGCUGAAAUCAUUCCACGAGGACGUGGUCCAGGUUGUGCGGAAACAGCUGGAGGAGGAGGAGUCUCUCCCCGAAGACCAGAGGCCCACUGCAUUGGCCAGAUCCUACUACUUAAAGUUGCUGGAGGAGGUUUUCUGCUGGUUUAAUAGCCAAGACCCCAAGGUCUGGGAUCCGCGGUCCAAGGAACUGCCAGUCGGGAUGCUUCCCAACGCCGUCCUGCCCCCCUCCUCCGAGCAUCUGUACGCCCAGUUUCGGGAGCGGGAGGGGCAGGGCGCCGAGGCCCCCGCUGGACCCCACCGGGGGGACGACGACGACGGGGUCCCCGAGUUCAAGACGGAAGAGGGGCCUCACGUGGCCACCCCCGUGUCCCGAAAACCGGCCGUCGGCUACCCCAAGAACAAGAGCUUUCGGCUAAAAAUGAAAGGAAAGAAGGGGCGACCUUCAAAAGCUGAUCUGGACACCGGCUGGUCCAAGGAAGACGAGAGGCAGUGCGCCUUGUGUCAGAAGUACGGGGAUGCCAAAGCCAAUGAUGCGGGCAGGUUGCUGUACUUGGGACAGAACGAGUGGGCCCACGUCAACUGCUCCAUGUGGUCCGCGGAGGUGUUCGAGGAAGAGAACGGCUCCCUCAUGCACGUGCACAGCGCUGUCACCAGGGGGCGCCUCAUGCGCUGCGAGCGGUGUAACCAGACUGGCGCCACGGUGGGCUGCUGCCUGACCUCCUGCCAGAGCAACUACCACUUCAUGUGCGCCCGCACCCGCAGCUGCGUCUUCCAGGACGACAAGAAGGUCUUCUGCCACAAGCACAGGGACCUCAUCAGCGGAAAGAUGGUCACUGGGCAAGGGUUUGAAGUCCUGCGGAGGGUGUAUGUGGACUUUGAAGGGAUCAGCCUCCGCAGGAAGUUCUUGACCGGUCUGGAGCCGGAGUCCAUUCACAUGAUGAUAGGCUCAUUGCAGAUUGACCGGCUGGGGGUGCUGACCGAGCUUUCGGCCAGUCAAGGGAAGCUCUUCCCUGUGGGUUACCAGUGCUCUCGCUGGUACUGGAGCACCAUGGACCCACGCCGGCGCUGCAGGUACACCUGCAAGGUGAGGGAGGUGCGGCCUCCCGUUCAGGAGAGGCCCGUGGAGGCCCCCCCCGACCAGGGGGAGAACCGCACCAUCACCCACAGCUCCAGUCCGCCCUCAGAAGCGGACACCCAGAAUGCAGAGGCGCCUCCCCUACCUGUGGGCGAGGCACCCCCCAGCACCCCCUCACCCCUCUCCAAACCGGACCCAGGGGCUCGACCCAAAGUUCCGAGUUACCCCCAGCCCAGGAGACCCGCAGGGGGGAUGUUCCGUCCUCUGCCCUCCCCAGGUACCGCCCCGUCUAAGUCGCAUCACAUCCUGACCAUCAGCGACCUGGAGGAGACGCGCCGGCCCCGGCGGCACAGCCCCCACUCCCACAGCUCCGGCCCCCGCUGCCGCAUCUCCUCGCCCCCGCACGGCGCCCCCUCAGGACCCAUCACCCUGCGCGCGGGGGCGGCCCUGCACCCCAAAACGUCCCCGGUCGCCGCCGCGCUCUUUCCUCUCGGUGCUACUGAAAACCUGCUGACCUCUCCCUCGGUCCGCCUCGCCGGGGGCCGCAGUACCUCCUGCUCCUCCUCCUCCUCCUCCUCCUCCUCCGUGCGUGUUCCCGGGAUUUCGGCGCCCCACUCUACCUCAGGGUUCUUCCCCCGGCCGCCCUCUUGGCAGGAUGGGCUCGGGAGCCCCCCGUUGCCCGUUCCCGAUGGCCUCUCCGCGUCCUCCGCCCUGCACCACUCUCCCAGGCUCCGGGUGCCGUGCCUCGACCUGGGCCAGCCGGACUCGGCCGACGUGCCGCUCAACUUCAUGGCCUCGCCGGAGCCGAAGGACCUGGCCUCGGCUAACGGGACGGGCUCUUCCGGGAGGGGCUCCCGCCUCGCCUCAGGCCAGGGGUUCCCGUACGCGCCCUUCGUGGUGGACUCGGAGGUGGCCGUGGACUCGGUGCUGAACGCGGAGCUCGAGUUCGACGACACGCUGCUGAACGAGGGCGGGGCCAUGCACUGCGGGGCUCAGAUCGUGGUGGACGGGGAGGGGGAGGAGUACCAGGACGGGGAGGCCAGAAGGACCGCCCACAUCAGGGCCCUGCCUCGCCCCACCACCUCGGCGCGGGAGGAGUGGGGCAACACCUCGUCUGACGAGGACAUGGAGAACUACUUUGACUUCUCCCGCACCGUCGUCGCCCGCGCCGCCCCUCCACAGGCGUCCCCGCCCCCCUCCUCUGCCUCCAUCCCCCAGCUGGACGGUGUGGACGAUGGCACGGACAGCGACGCCGGCAUGGCCACCAGCGAUGUCGCCCGCAACCUGAAGAGCUCAGGCCUCAGCCAGAGUCAGAACCCGCCCCAGCAGGAGAGGCGCAGUAAUGGGCUGCCGGACCUCUGCAUGCCUUUCGCCAGCCCGUCCUCCGACGCCCUGGACAGACUGUCUGAGAACGUAGGCAGAGACGGCGCCUCUCCGUACGUGGAGGCUCCGUUCAAAUACCUGUUCCCAGACAACCUGAACGUACAGGAUUCCGCGCAAGCGCACGCCAGCCUCGCGCACGACAGUCACGGCUUCCUGCUCCACGACGCCGCGGCGACGUCUGCAGGAGUUCAAGCGCAGGCCGCGGUGGCGGACCCUUCCGCUGAAUACCGCCACUUGGAGGCGAGCUCUGGGUCCCUGCAGCCGCUCAGCGUGGUGUCGGCGUUUGAAGACGCAGCGGCCUCCGCAGAAGAGCUGGUCCUGCAGAAGGGACUCGCGGAGCUUCACCAGCCCGCCGCGCGGUUCCUGGAGUCUUACGUUCCGCGAGGGGGCCUUGCGGACGGGUCGGUGGAGCAGGCCAUGCUGAUGACGCACGACUCAAACUCACAUGACAUGUCUGCGGGGAUCCUGGUCCAGGAGUGUCACGAUCUUCCAUCCCCGAACGCCUCUCUGACCGACUUGGUGACCGUCCAGGAAGAGCCACCGGUGGAUGCGGAUUCGGUGGAGAUCCCCAGCGAUGUCUUCCUGGACCCCAGCAGCGGGCACUUCGUUUCCGCCAAGGACGGCACCGAGGUCUACCUGAACAGUCUGGCGGAGCCUGCGGUGGGCACUCCUGCUUUGCCCGCCCCCGUCAAUGGGAGCCGGAACGCGGAGAGAGAUCCUUUCCUGCCUACCGAGGUCCCCAAUCCCAGCAGUGCUCCCACGGACCUUCUGCGGGUCAGCCCGUCGCCGCAGCUCUCCGCGCCUGCCUUCAAACCAGCGCCGGUCCCCAGCCUCGGCGCCACGCUCGACCCGCUGCCGUCCACACACAGGACCACGGUUUUGCCGCCCAUGGAAAGUUUCCGCACACCCUUGUCUCAUGUGGAAUCGCGGCUUCCCGCUCCUGCUCCUGCUCCCGCUCCUGCUCCCGCUCCCGCUCCUGCUCCUGCUCCCGCUCCCGCUCCUGCUCCUGCCCCUGCUGUCGGAGGCCUCGCGUACGUUUCCUCUGGUUUCCAGGCUCGGCAGGAGACGGUGAUGUCGAUGGUGCCGGGCUCCGGGGUGCCCCUCGGCCCCUACGGGACGGUGUCACUGCCGGUGUUCCCAGCGCCGUCGCUCCCCGCGGGAUCCACGACUUUUAGCAUCGUGUCUUCCUCCCCCUCCACCACCACUUUUGCCGAAGGCCUGACUUUCCAAGUAAGGGAGGCCACCCAGUGCCAGCCUUUCUGCCCCGCCCCGCCCCAGCAGACGCCUGCUUCUGCCCCCAUCCUCAUAAACGGCUACAGCUCCGCGUCGUCGCAGAAAGACGCCUCUAGGGGGCACACCAUCUCCAUCAACUUCUCCACGCCCAGGACAGCCCUCGAGCCGCAGCAGCCCGUUCUGAGCCCGGCCGUCCCGGGUCACGCCAUCCUGACGGUGCGAGAGGUGGGCGUGGACUCCACCCCGCACGUGCUGCUGGUCAACCGCCUGGGCCAGAUCUUCGUCAAGAACCCGGAGAGCAACACCUUCCACCUGCCCAGCCCGAACUCGCCGUCCUACGGCUGCGUCAACCAGAUCGCCAGCCUCCUCCAGAGUAACGCGCUGUCCGCCACCCUCGCCGCCGCGGGGGCCAUGACCGCCCCCACAGGCCCUGUGACCCCCGCACCGUCCCCACAGAUCGUCCACGCUCCCGCCGCCACCACCCGCCUCAUCGCCUACAGCACCAACGGGGCAGUAUCUGCUGCCGACGCCCUCGUUGGGAAAAAGCCAAAAGCGUCUGCCAAGGACACCGUGCCUGGCGUCAAGAAGCCUAGGAAAAAGAGGGCGACGCCGACUACCAAGAGAACCAAAGCAGUCCCUGGCUCAGAUCCGUCGCUGCGGCCAGCCCCCGCCCCCCACCCCCCUGCAGGCCGAGGCAGGUCCUCGCUCAACGCUGCCAGCAGGAACGAGAGCGCCCAGUCCAUAAUCAACCAGGCCAUGGCCAGCAACUUCAACCCCAACCGGAUCGCCCACUUGCUGGGCGCCUCCCACUUCCGCGCCCCUCCCGCCCUCAGCAGGGUGCGGGCCCUGAGUACCGUGGUGCUGCCGCCGGUCCACCCCGAACCCGAAUCCCCGGCCGCCGCCCCCCCCACCCCUGCCACGUCGCGGCCCCGGUCCCAGGUCCGCAUGAAGAGGGUCUCCUCGCUGUCGGACCGCAUCGCCACCAAGAAAUCCAAGACCGACUUCGUCGAGGUGGAGCCCCCUUGUGUCGUGGAGGAGCCGCCGCCGGGGAAGGCCGUCAGCGCCGCCGCCAGCUGUCCCAGCAGGGCGGGGGGUGUUCGCAUCAAAACGCCGACCGUGAAAGGGGUGCUGGACCUGGACAGACUGAAGGAGGAGCGUCCCGGUGACCCAGAAAGCAUAAGGCCCGGACCGUGGGACCGGCUGGCCUCGGCUGCCCGAGGUGACCUCGGCUACAGCCGGCCGCUGGCCUGGGAGGGCGUGGGCCGCAGCACGCUGACCGACUGGAACAAAUAUUCAGGUGCGGUUUCCAGCUCGGAUGACGAGAUGCCCCCGCCGGACCUGGACGAGGAGUGCCCCCCCUGCAGGGAGCAGCCGCACCUGCGCUUCGAGAUCAGCAGCGAGGAUGGGUUCAGCGUGGAGGCGGACAGCAUCGAGGUGGCGUGGCAGGCGGUGAUCGACGGCGUGCAGGAGGCCCGCGCCGCCGCCCGGCUCAAGCAGCUGUCCUUCGCGGGCAUGACCGGGGCGCGCGUUCUGGGCAUGCUCCACGACGCCGUGCUGUUCCUGCUGGAGCAGCUAGAGGGCGCCAGCCUCUGCCAGCGGCACACCUUCCGCUUCCACAAGCAGGACAGCCAGGAGGAGGAGCUGCCGGUCAACCCCAGCGGCUGCGCCCGCUCUGAGGUCCACAUGAGAAAGUCCACCUUUGACAUGUUCAACUUCCUGGCCUCUCAGCACAGGCAGUUGCCUGACAACGGCCCGUACGACGAGGAGGAGGACGAAGUCCCGCUGAAGUCCACUAGACGCGCCACCAGCCUGGAGCUGCCCAUGGCCAUGCGCUUCCGACACCUGGAGCGGACGUCGAAGGAGGCGGUGGGGGUGUACAGGUCUGCCAUCCACGGGCGGGGCCUGUUCUGCAAGCGGAACAUCGACGCGGGGGAGAUGGUGAUCGAGUACUCCGGCAUCGUCAUCCGCUCCGUGCUGACGGACAAGCGGGAGAAGUACUACGACGGGAAGGGCAUCGGCUGCUACAUGUUCCGCAUCGACGACUUCGACGUGGUGGACGCCACCAUGCACGGCAACGCGGCGCGCUUCAUCAACCACUCGUGCGAGCCCAACUGCUACUCGCGCGUGAUCAACGUGGAGGGCCAGAAGCACAUCGUCAUCUUCGCCCUGCGCAAGAUCUACCGGGGCGAGGAGCUCACCUACGACUACAAGUUCCCCAUCGAGGACGACAGCAGCAAGCUGCUCUGCAACUGCGGGGCCCGCCGCUGCCGCCGCUUCCUCAACUAGGCCCCGCCCCCCCCCCCCCCUCGCGCGCGCGCGGCCGGGGCGGGCGCCGGGAGGAGGAAAGAGCGGGAGCGGAAACAACGCUAAGAGCAGACGUCUCCAAGAAACCUUGGAUUCCUCAGGGGAGAGAGGAGAGGGGCGAGCGAGGGCGGAGGGAGGGAGGGAGGGGGGAGGGGCGGUCCUGGGGGGCCUGGGGGCGGGGUCACAGAGGCUCGUACACGUCCAGGUGCACACUCCUUCCUGUACUCAUCUGUAACGCCUCCAGCUUCUCAGACCGGCUUUCAGGUCUGCAUUGGAGGGGGGUGGGGGCGGGGGAAGUCUUCCUUUUUUACCUGAUGUUGGUGCAAAAGGCCCGUGGUUCAGGGUGGGGGUGGGGGGCAGGAGUAGUCGCAUACACUGCAGGAUGGAGGAAGUCAGUAGAAAGUUCUUAGGGGAGAUGACACCGGCUGAAACCAGAAUCUUGUUUUCUUCGUUGCUAUUUUUGUGUUUCACCAGCAGUCACAACAACCAGCGACUACACGUUACUCUUAUCAGCGCACCUGUGGAUCUGUUGAGAUCAUCAGAUUACCAGGAACUUCACCUAAAUGAGUGUGUGGUGGUUUCGUCAGCCUGUGGCUGUGGGGGGGGGGGGGGGUGUGGCGGCUUGCUGUGUCUCUUCUGAGACUCCCGAGCAUGCUUCAGAUGCUUUAGAUGCUGCUGCCCCUCCGCUCGCUUCCGGAACUGUGUUCCGUGGCUGAACUUUCCCACAACACGGAUAAAUAUGCCUGCCCGAGUCUCCCUUCGUCUUGCACAUUAUUAACGGGACGUACACGGGCCUCACUUUGAACCCCCGUUCAAGUCCGAUUUUAUUUUACCCUGUCCGUCCCCCUGCUAAUCUCCCAUCUCUGCGCCGCUUCCUUUCAGCGGUGUCCGGCUCGGUUUCUCUUGUUCUGCUCGUUCGGUCUCGCAGGCUGCCUGGUGGAAUCUGCUGGUGUGCGGUGUGCGUUUGGGCAUGUCUGCCUGGUGGAUUCUGCUGGUGUGCGGUGUGCGUUUGGGCAUGUCUGCCUGGUGGAUUCUGCUGGUGUGCGGUGUGCGUUUGGGCAUGUCUGCCUGGUGGAUUCUGCUGGUGUGCGGUGUGCGUUUGGGCAUGUCUGCCUGGUGGAUUCUGCUGGUGUGCGGUGUGCGUUUGGGCAUGUCUGCCUGGUGGAUUCUGCUGGUGUGCGGUGUGCGUUUGGGCAUGUCUGCCUGGUCCCUCUCCCGUCUCCUCACAAGGCCGUUUGGAAGGCCUUUCUUGGUGCUAAAUUAACGUGUGACCCAUGCGUGUUCGUCUGAGCCAAACGGAUAGUGGGAAUAGCAUUGUACAUUCAAGACAAUCUCGUAAGAACGGAAUCUCAUGCUGUCUUUUUUAAACGAUUCGUUUAGUUUUUAGGUAAGCGAACACUACCUGACCCUAGUCGGGACUUUUCAGUCGUGCUGAACUUUACGCUGUCUCCGUAACCAUGGUAAUAUCAAUAACUUAUGAUGCAGUAAUAAUCAAAGACUUGAUUUUUUUUGCUGUAGUUUUGCACAUUAGUUUUGCAUGAGAACCUUGUCUCACGUUUUGUAUUUCGGUGCUGAGGGAAAGACCAGGAGUUUGUUUCUCUUCGAAAAGGGUUACCUUUCAGUCAGUACCGGUGUUUUUUUCUGCGUUUCUGAGGAGCUCGCCGUGGCAAGGCCUUUUUGGGCAGGCACGUCUGUACUUCAUGUCUUUGUUUUAUAAAGCAGAGGGUUACUCCAAGACCAGCCCCUACGGUGUGAACAGACUACGCACUUGGGCACCUUACUGUCUGGUACAGUUAGCUCUAAGUACCCACCCUGACAUAAAUAACAAAAACAAAAAAAAAAAAAAAACUGAACACUUUGACCUUGCCUCCCUCACAAAAGAGAUCAUGUCGCAGUCUUCAUUUUAUAAUGGCAGUGUAAUAUGUGUAGUAGGAUGUGGGGGAGGAGGAGUUUUUGUGACGUUUGCGCCCUCCCGUCCCGGGUACCAGGUAACACCAACUCAAACCCAAUUUUAAGUUUGUUUUCCCUUGCUUGGAAUCUGGCAGUAUGGUCUUUAGAAAAGACAUUGUGCUGAGCCAAGUUUUUUUAACCAUUUUAUAUUUUGAUUAAGUUUCUUCCUUCCUUGUUUUGACAGUGCGAUGGGGGAGUGGGGGAAGAUGCAGACCUUGUUUUCUGCAGAGAACCUUCCAGCUACCCCCCCCCUCCCCCCCCCAACCCCCACGCAUACCCACGGCCGGUUCAUUUGAAUUUUAGAACUUUCCUCUCGUUCUUCUUUUAGUAUACCUUCCGUUUUUUUGUUUGUUUGUUUGACUUAUCUUCUAAAAAUGGGAUAACCACGAAUAUCUAAAAAUGGAGGAUAUAGCAGAUACACAAAGGAAGUGCAGUCUCAGCCUCUCUCCCUGCUAGCCAGCUCGUCUCCGUCCCGCUGGUUUACCAUCAUUCUGACGACAACACAGAAUAAAACUUUGGCGAAGCCUCCUUCCCUCUCAAGUUCUCGCAAGGAUUCUACCUCAGUUGCUCAAAGAUGUAAAGGAAUACAGUGCGAAAAUACUGCUGGGUUUCGACUCUCCUGCAGAACUGGCCUUUGUGUGCAAUGAAGGAUGCAAAGCAUUAGUUUAACCUGACUUCACCGUUAACGAUUCCUCCAGUACUGUCAUAAAAGCUGUGUCCCCCAACACAGGGUUAUUUUAAAGUAUAAAAAGUAUAAAAAAAGGACAUAAAAAUUAAUCAUUGGUGAACUUGGCUUUGUUACCUUGUAUAAAGAAAACCUGAGUUUGUACAUAAUUGUAUACAUAUUUCUAAACCCGUUUAAUUUUUCUAUGCACUUUUUUUAUUUAUGACGUUAUUUGCUUAAUAAAGAUGUUAAGAUGUUUGAACAAACGUG